GAAAAGAUUAAUUGUCAUUUUAAAUCGUGAUUAUUUAAUUAAAAGAUAUAUUAGUUAGAAAUUAUAAAGGAAACUAUUGGAUCGCGUAGUUGACUUCCGUAGUACCGUGUCAUGCGUUCACGAUAUCUGAUCGACGUGUAGCGAAUACGUAGUAGAUUUUGGUGCGGGUCGUCACCCUAGUGAUGUUAAUAUCGUUUUCGAGUAAAAAUUUGUCUCUAAACGAUAACAUCGAUAAAAAGUUUUGCGUUACGUGUGGCAGGGUGAUUGAGGAAGCAAAGGUCGGUCCAUCAUUAAUUAGUACAACCGCCAUCUUGACAUAUAGGUAACGGAACUAUCGGAAUGAGUGUAGGACGCGUCAUAAUGGAAUAAUACUAUCUCGAACCCGCGUAAAGUUUACCACGUGCAUCCUAUGCUAUCCAUACAUUAAAUCUUAGUGGCGUUUACGUUGUAACGGGUCAUUGAUACCGUUCGUCUUAUACUUUUGGCUAAAGCCGUUAUAGAUUUUGUCCUCGGCUACCUAAAUGCAUUGUGUUUAAUCGAAGAAUCGCGGAAUCGGACCGACAUUUGCGCGCCGAUUAAUAAGGCGGGCUAACAUUUUUUACAAGAUACAACUAAUUAUCAGAAACAGCCUAUUUAUUUACAUAUUUCAUUGAACGACAUAAAAUCUUUUCUCAACGAUUCAAACGCGGAUUCCUUUCUAUUUGGAAUGUACCAAAAGGCAUUAUGGGUGAAUAUGGAACGACGGAAAUUGACCGUUGAUUUUUGGAUUGGUUAAUAAAGCGCAUUCUUAUAUUAUAGAGCGAAUAUGUAUGAUUAUUAUAAACGUGUUACACAUCGUAUACCACCGCACAUCAUAUUUUAAUAUUAUAAAAAGUUUCUAGAUACGAGAUCGUGAUGAAGAAAAGAUUUUAGACAGUGCAAGUUUGUAAGAAAAUGUAAAUGUAACUCUAUACGAUCCAUUGAGAGGAUAUUUACGCGAGAGACGAUCAUCCAUAUUAAAUUGUGAAUCAAGAUUUCCAAGAGAAACUGUUGUAUGCAUAAACUCAUAGCGGUCGUCAUAGGAAGUAGUAUCAGAGACGAAGAAGACUUCGGCUGCGGCGGGAGGCGUCGGUGGUAGAGUGUAGUGGUCGUGACGGUGCGGUGACGGUGACGGUGACGGUGGCGGCGGCGGCGGCGGCGGCGGCGGCAACGGCAGCGACAGUAGCGACAAUAACGGCAAUAGAGGAAUUGCAAGAACUACAAGUCGUAGUAAGUGUGGAAGUUAGGAAAGGAGAGGAGGUGCAGUGGAGUUGCAGGACUGCGUUAUCCGAUGCAUGCUUUCGAGAUUGUACCACGAGUGUUCAUUUGUGGCAAGUGAGAGUGGGUGAGUGUUUCAUCAGUGUGGUGUAAUCACUGAAUCAACUACGAAAAGUAUAUUAGUGCGGUGGCAGUCAUUAAGAUAACGACGGAUAAAUACGAGAAGGACGAGAACGGCUGUGGUAGUGGUUGCGGCCGUAGCGGCAGCCAUAACAGCAGCGACACGAGCGCGAACGCAGGGAGAGAAAGCGUGCAUCCGAACUCGAAUAGUGCUCUAGUGUAUUUUCGUGAUUCACUAUCCAAAGGAAAGUGGACCCAUUAAAGAUCAGAUCAACUCAGCUGUUCUCAUUGCACUGGCUUGCUUGUUUCUUGCUGUUACAAAUCUUGAUGUUGCUAGUAUUACGAGUAUUGACUGGAGGUACGGAGUUUCACAGCGGUAUGCAGGGCUGACAUUCAAAGUACUACCAUUUGGUAGGCUUUAGUAGUGUUAUGCCUCCUCAGCAUCAAUCUCCGUGGUUGCAGUGCGAUUUUCCCAACAAGCAAUUAAUGAGCAACCGUGUUCUAUUCAAAAUAUUUAUUUGCCAUCUCAAUUGUUGAUGAAGCCUCAUAACAUCGAGCAUCAGCGUAAGGCAGUUACCUGCUGCAUAGCAUUUAUGUACCAUAUAUGUCUGAAAGAAACGAAAUCAAGAUGCAGCAGGUGGAUACUAUUUCACAAAAUAAUUCGUUAGAUGUGGAGGAGCGAGAAAGGCUGUGUAAUAUACCGAAGACGAGUGCGCCUGGUAAGGCAUCGGCCACACCAGCUACAACGGGGAAAGAACCACCUCCUCGCGAUGAACCAACUGUGGAACCUGUAAAUGGUGUUGUGCAACCACCAGUUGUUCCACCUCCUAAUCGUCCAGGACGUGUUACAAAUCAAUUACAAUUUUUGCAAAAGGGCGUAUUAAAACCAGUAUGGAAGCAUCAAUUUGCAUGGCCAUUUCAACAACCUGUAGAUGCGAAGAAGUUAAAUCUGCCAGAUUAUCACAAAAUUAUCAAACAACCAAUGGAUUUGGGAACAAUAAAGAAACGAUUAGAAAAUACAUAUUACUGGUGCGGCAGAGAAUGUAUUCAAGAUUUCAAUACAAUGUUCACCAAUUGCUAUGUCUACAACAAGCCAGGGGAAGAUGUUGUAGUCAUGGCACAAGCACUGGAAAAAUUGUUUCUUUCGAAGGUUGCGCAAAUGCCGAAAGAAGAAGUGGAACUCGAUCCUCCGGUUCCAAAAGGGCCCAAAGGAAAAAAAGCUGGCAAAGUAGGAGGACUAGUAGCUGGAAUGACAACAACUGGAAGUACAGGAAGAGGUCGACCUUCCUCGGUAGCAGCAGCUGUUACAUCCAGUGUACCAAAUAGUUUGGCACCUUCAGCCACCUCGGCGGGUACAACUGGUGUCAUACCUAUGCCUCCUCUCGGGACACAAGCACCUGCUUCUGUACCGGGCAGUACGAAUACAACCACUAUUCCUCCACCAUCGAGCUUAGGAGUCACUCCAAUGGCCACUCACAACUCUUUGCCUCAACAAGUUGUCCCUCCAACGGGUGGUUACCAUGCGCAACCAGCAAUGGACCCACAAACGGCAUCAGCUGUACCACCUCCACCUCAGGUUCCCACAGCUCCAACUGUAAUGCCGCCAUCCCAGCCAGCCAAGUUGAAAAAGGGAGUGAAAAGAAAAGCUGACACUACAACCCCUACAGCUAAUUCGUUUGAACCAAUUUACGCUCCAUUGGAUUCUAAGAAUGCAAAAAUUCCAGCAAGACGAGAAUCUGGUAGACAGAUUAAAAAGCCAACGAGGCAAGGGGAAGACGGCUUAGUGUCAUUUCACCAGGCCAACAUGCCCUUGAUUGGGGCUAUGGGCCAACAGCCUCCGCAUAAUAAUGGAAAAUCUAAAGAAAAACUUUCGGAAGCACUUAAAUGUUGCAAUGAAAUUUUAAAAGAGCUGUUUUCUAAAAAACAUUCGGGUUAUGCAUGGCCCUUUUAUAAGCCAGUUGAUGCUGAACUAUUAGGUCUACAUGACUAUCAUGACAUUAUCAAGAAACCAAUGGAUCUUGGUACCGUAAAGAUUAAAAUGGAUACUCGCGAAUACAAAACAGCCCCGGAAUUUGCUAGUGAUGUGAGGCUUAUCUUCACUAAUUGUUAUAAAUAUAAUCCUCCAGAUCACGAUGUCGUUGCAAUGGCUAGAAAACUUCAGGACGUCUUUGAAAUGAGGUACGCAAAAGUACCUGACGAGCCUUUGGGAAGUAUGUCAGCAAUGAAGGGUAGCAGUAGUAGUGGAAGUAGUUCUGGCUCUGAAAGUUCUUCCGAUAGCGACGAUUCUGAAGAGGAACGUACGCAGAAAUUAGUUGCUCUUCAACAAGAGCUUAAAGCUAUGCAAGAACAAAUGAGAAAAUUAGUCGAAGAAAGUGGUAAAAAGAAGAGUAGAAAGAAGAAGCCGGAAAAACCAAAAUCAAAGCCAAUGAGUAAUAAAAGUAGUAGCCUUGUUGGUAGUCAUACUGGUGCCAUGAAAGAACUUAUGAAACCAAGCGGUGGAAUUCCCAGUGUUUCUGACAGUGUUGGUACUAGUAUAGCUAGUGUUGCAAUGGGCGCAAGUGAUCUAAAAAUGCCUGGUGGUAUGAGUAGUGAUCUUCAUCAUCCAGCGAUAGCAGUAGGACCAAAUAAAACGCAUACAGCAGGAAGUUUAGGUCAUCAUAUGCCAACUGCAACUAAUGCUAAAUCAAAAGGUAAAGGAAGAGGUCCUGGAAAAGCUACUGCAGCUAAUACUGCAUCCAAGAGGCCAAAAGCGAAUAGUAGGUCAAGUGGGAAUAAAAAGAAAUCGAUCAAUCAACCGCCUCCAAUAACAUUUGAUUCUGAAGAUGAAGAUAAUGCUAAACCAAUGUCCUAUGAUGAAAAGAGGCAACUUAGCUUGGAUAUUAACAAAUUACCUGGAGAUAAACUAGGUAGAGUUGUUCACAUAAUACAAUCUCGGGAGCCUUCAUUGAGGGAUUCUAAUCCAGACGAGAUUGAAAUUGAUUUUGAAACUCUAAAGCCUUCCACCCUGAGAGAGUUGGAAAGCUACGUUGCAUCAUGUCUCAGGAAAAAACCACAUAAAAAAGUUAGUGGAAAAUCAAAAGACGAGCAAAUAGCAGAGAAAAAGCAGGAAUUAGAAAAAAGGUUGCAGGACGUAACUGGUCAAUUGGGGAACGUGAAGAAAACUGCAAAGAAAGAAGACAGUAGUAAGUCAGUCGACGUAGUUGGAACUGGAGGUGCCAGUGGACCUUCGCGAUUAUCCGCUUCAAGUAGCAGUAGCAGUGACAGUGAUUCCAGCAGUAGUUCAUUGUCGUCGAGCACCAGUGAUUCGAGUGACAGCGAAGCAGGAAACUCUUCCAACCGUCCACCAAGAAAGAAGACGAAGAAGAAUACUCAAAGUGCACCACAACCUACAACAUCAGCUACUGUUGCUCCGGCACUUAAUCAUACUGGAAGUUUAUUAAUGAACAGUCAACCAACCACAAAUUCUGCGGGACCAAUAGUAAAGGCAGCACCGGUAACUCAGUCUAGCAAUAUUCCUGCUGAUCAAGGUGGCAACAAUCAGCAAUCUGUAGCGGUAGCCGCUGUUACAGCGAGUCAAGGGAUGCCUGUUGCAAGUCAUGCAUCUAUGCCUGCCCAACCUCCGCGACCAACUGCAAUGGCUACAGCUGCACCUGUUAAAAAGCCAACACCGCCGCCUCCGACUACUUCUAAUCCCCCAACUCCAUCAGUAUCCGUACCAACUCCACCACCCAGUGUUACGCCAACUAAUACUAAUACCGUGGUAGCAUCACCGGUUGUGCCUCAGGCACCACAGCCUCCAGCAUCUGUUAAUUCUUAUCCAAAUGCGAAUACGCCUGUUUCAACCGAUGGAACAACAUUAAAUCAACAGGCGGACCUUUUGCAGCCAUAUAGCAAUCUAGCAUCUGUCCCUACAACGCAAACGUCAUUGGAACAAAGUCUUGCUAUAAAGAAAGAUACACAUAUACCAAUGAUUUCAUCUCUUCAUCCAAGUAAUAACACAAAUUUAAAUUUACUGCCAGAAAUGAAAAAUCCUGUUAAUAUGAUGCCUACGAGUAUGGCGUCGAAUUUAAAUCUGGGAAAUAUGGUUAAUUUAAAUAUGAAUUUGCCACAAGGAAUAACAGCGUCACAUAUGUCAUCAAUGCAUUCUCAAUUGGAAAAUAUGAUAAAUACAACGUCUCCUUUGACCAACAUACCUAAUUCACAUGUUACAAUGUCACAACAUUCUAAUGGCUUUCCGACUGUAAAGCGUGACACUUCACCACAAAACAUGUUGAAUAAUAAUGGCAUUCCAGGAGUUAAUGUGGGAAUGAACAUGACAGGAAUUGCAUCGAUUUUUGAUCCUAUCCCUGUAGUUUCUAUGCCAAUGCAGAUUUCACAAGUACCUUUAAAGAAAGAUGAGAAGCAGCAGCCUAUUCCUAUCUCGCAACAACAGAUGACACAGAAAAUAGAUGGUGGAGCUCUUUUUGCAGAUAUGAAUGCAUUGGGUAUGCAAUCGAUGGGCAAUCACUCGGGUUCUCAGCUCGUUCCUGAAAAGAAGAUGACUCCACCUGAUUCAAAAAAUACUGCUUCAAACUUUGCAUCAGCUUUUAAGACUAAGACAGAACAAAACGUUAAGAAUGCGUCCUCGUGGUCGUCCUUGGCUCAAGCCUCGAGUCCUCAAUCUACUGCAGGAACUAGUAUGAAAAGCUCUGCCAGAGAUUCUUUUCAACAGUUCAAGAAACAAGCCAAAGAGAAGCAAGAUAGGCAAAGGGCGCUUUUGGAACAACAGGAGAUGCGUAGACAGCAAAAGGAAUUAGAGGAACGAGAACGACAGCGACAAGAGAAUGAAAAGAGACGAGAACGAGAGGAAAAAGAUGCUCUACAGAACGCAAGAAAAUCUGUUGGUGAACAACCAGGUACAUCAUCUAUGACUGCCCCAACAAGAGCUGAAGAAGUUAAAGCCAUUGCUGACACGGAUAGCAGUAGUCCAAGUCAUUCGGCUACUCAGGAUAAAGCUGCUGCCGAAAGAGAACGACAAAGGCUACGAGAACAAGAACGAAGACGACGUGAAGCGAUGGCUGGUGCAAUUGACAUGAACAUGCAAAGUGAUUUGAUGGCUGCAUUUGAAGAAUCAUUAUAAUGUUGCUAUUUACUGCUCAUAAUAAAUCCAUUGAAACUGGGCAGGACUUGGAAUAUUUGCCGCUGGACAAUAUCUACAAAGAGACAUUUUAAUGAUAUACGUUCUCCUAUCUUGUUUAAUCAAAGUUAGAUGGACAAAUAGUGAAAAAAAAAAAGAAAGAAAACAAACAAAGAUAGAGAACUGUUAUAUGAU